UCCGGUAGCCAACGUUUUGGCUUUGGAUCAUCCGGAUAUUUGAUUCACUCCACUUGGUCGGAAUAUAAUCCUUUCUCGGACUCUGAUGAUUCAUGAAUAACACAGCAUUCCACAUUUGGCCCAUGAGCUCCUAAGCCAUCCGGAGAAUUUUCCCUUGAUGAAACCCAUGGAUAAUGAGAUAUACCGAAGGCAAAUCCCAAGCCGUUCCUGGUCGUCCAUUAAAGCGUACGCUGCACUAUUUACUGUGCAGGUAGUGAUGUUGUGGCUCUUUUUUAUGCCCCCUUUUCCCACGUUGCUGGAUAGUCCUUUGUUUGUUUCUGUCUUUUCGAUUAUGUUCUUCUGCGUUUUAUGUCUACUUUAUAAUCAGGCCGGGAGGAUAGUCAUGGGCAUUGCUUUUGCCUACUCCUAUGUUCAACGCCCGGAUUGAUUCAAUGAUCCUGGACUUUGUGUAUUUAUGGUGUGGGUAUCUGUUUAUCAUUUCUCUAUCCGACCUUGAUGGACAAUGAUGGUUUCAGUGGUCGGCCUCACGA